UUUUUUUCUCGUCAUUUUUCUUUUUAAAUAAUAAUGUCAAAAAAGCAACAAAAUAAAAAGAUUAAUACAGAAGAAAAUGAAAGAUUACAAACACAGAUUGAUGCCUCAAUUGGCAUUGCAAGAACGUUAAUCCAAUCCUGGUUACCUCCACCAAAACCAGGAGAAAAGUUAGAAGAUGAAGAUGAAGAUCAAGACAUUUAUACAAAAUAUUCAAGUGGUCGACCUGAUAGACUUGGCCUUGGUGCUAAAUUCUUAUCUCAUGCAGAAGCUAUGCGUCAUAAUAAUAAUGGAGCUCUACCUUCUAAAGAAGAACUAGUAUUAAAAAAUAAGAUUUUAAAUCAAAAUAAAAGAGCAUCACAACAUCGUGAUUCGUCUAUAGAUAUCAGAAAACGAUCACGUCCUCAAGAUCAAUCUGAAUCAUCAGAUGAAGAUGAAGAAGGUUCGCGAUCAAACACAGUCGGCAUAAAAAACAAGAAAAAGAUAGAAAGUAUCUCUACAACAUCAAACAGUAAUAAUAAAAAAAAGAUUGGAAAUCAAGGGGACUUUUUAUCAAUGUAUCUAUCAGAGCGUGCAAGUAAAAAGAAGAACAAAAAGAAAUAAGAGUCUUUGAAAGAUCUUCUCCUGUACAUAAAUUCUUUAAUAAAACUAAAACUAAAAAGAUACCCUUUAAUGCAUUCUUCUAUUUGAUGGGCCAAAAAAACAAACAAACAAACAAGACUUUACUUUAUUAAAACAAUAUGUAUUAGUAGAUAACAAAAAAAAAUCAUUGACAUAAAAAGUUAGUUUAUUAUUUAUUAUAUCCAUGUUUUUUCUUAUAACUAUGAUUGAUCCAACUCAUUUAUUACUGGUCAUCUUUUUUUUUUCUUGGUCUUUUAUUUUGCACUUUUCUACAAUGCCACAUCCAACAAGCUAAUACAGAGGCUGAAAGAUUGAUUCAAGCAAAGAUAUUCAUUCAAAAAAAAAA